GAUGAUUCUGAUUUUAAAUCAAGUAUCCAUGAUUUUGUGAUUGCACCAACUGUGGAGAAACAAAAUAAGAGUCCCCAGGCAGCAGAAGAAAUUCACAAUGCCUGGUCAAGCGAUGAAGUUAGAUCUAAUAACCUUAUAGCAUUGGAAUCUGAAAUUGAUCACGUUUCUCAGGGAACUGAAAAAGCAUUUUCAUAUGUGGAUGUAUUUGAAAAUAAAGCUUCUGAUAGUGUUGCUCGCCAUGAUGGAUCUGAAGAAGGCGAAGAGCCAUCUGAUGCAGUACAAUGUUUGUACGGAUGUGAUGUUGUUGGUAUCUCUGAUUCUGCUGGUGCUAAGCCCAGCUGUGAUGAGACCAUGACUGAGUUUAAAGGAUCCAACAUUGACCCUCCAUAUAUGGUAGAGGAUCAUAUUUUCUGCAAAGAAGAUGAAAUUCCCAGCCUUGGGGUAGAGGAUCAUAUUUUCUGCAAAGAAGAUGAAAUUCCCAGCCUUGUAAAAGAACGUCCUUCUACUACUCCCUGUGUAGUAGAAGAAUUUCUCAGUGUCUGCCCAGUAGAUGAAGUUAGGCAUAACAGCCUUAAGCCAUUUGAGUCUCAAAUUGGUCACACUUCUUGUGGCGCUGUAAAGUUAUUUUCAAAUGUGGAUACAUCAGAAAACAAAGCUUGUAAAACUCUUGUCCGCUAUGAUGUUUCUGAAGAGGGCAUGAAGCCAUAUGAUGACGCACAACAUUUGAACAGAUUUGAUAUUACUGGUAUAUCAGAUAUUGCUUGUGUAAAGUCUAUUUGUGCUGAGAACAUACGUGAUUUUAAUGGAUCCAGUAUUGACCAUUCAUAUACAGUUGAGGUUGAUUUCUCCAAAGGAGCUGGCAUUCCCAGCCUUCCAAAAGAACGGGCUUCUGCUACUCCACAUGCAGUAGAAGAAAUUCUUAGUGGCUGUUCCAGGGAUAAAGUCAGAACCUCCAACCUUAUACCAUGUGAAUCAGAAAUUCAUCAGACUUCUCAUGGUGUUGAGAAAUUAUUUUCGCAUGUGGAUACAUUUGAAAGAAAAUCUUCCCUGAGUAUUGGUCAUCAUGAUGAUUAUGAAGUGGACAAUGAAACAUAUGAUGCAACACAACUUUCGGACGGCUGUGAUGCUAUUAUAUCAGAAAUUGCUGGUGUUAAGCCCAGUUGUGAUGAGACCAUGCUUUAUUUUAAGGGUUCUAACAUUGAUCUUCCAUUUACACUAGUUGAUACUAUUGUCUUUAAAGAUGCUGACAUGCUCAGCCUUGCAAAAGAGCGAGCUUCCACCACUCCCCACAUAGUAGAAGAAAUUCUUAGCGCCUCUUCAAAGGAUAAACUUAGAGUGGCUAAUCUAGUGUCAUUUGAUUCAGAAAUUCAUCACACUUCUCAGUGUGGUGCGGAUGCAUUUGAAAACGAAGCUUUAGAGAGUCUCGGUCACCAUGAUGGAUCUGAAGAGGGCGAAGAGCCAUAUGAUGCAUCAUACAGAUUUGAUGUUACUAGUAUAGGAGAAACUGUUGGUGCUAAUUCCCCUUGUGAUACCAUGGCCGAGAUUGAGGGAUUCAGCUUUGAUCUUUCACAUGAAGAGGAUAAUAUUGUCUGCGAAGAUGCUGACAUUCCCAGUCUUGCAAAAGAACGAGCUUUUGUCCUCGAACAGCUUCACCAAUCAAUGAUUCUUCUCACCCCAAGGUCUAAGGCUUCCAUGAUUAACGGAUUAGAUAUCAUUUCAGAUGGUUUUAACUCAUCGCCUCUAGGCAUAUUCCAGAACAUGGACAUGGGUAUUUCUCUGGAGCAUAAUAAUCCUGACAUAAAACAUUUUACGGCAAGUUCCAGCAUUAUGCUGAUGGAUGGACCUGCUUUUGAAAAUAUGUUUUGCAAUAAUGAAUCAAAGUUGGAUGGACCUGGUUUUGAAAGUUCACAUUCUCUAUCCUCUUCAAGUGUUAGGUGUGGUUCAGAGUUGCAGAAUAUUCCUUUAACCCCGCCAGCUAUAAAAUUCAGCCAUGGAAGGCUAUCUGGGAAAAGGAGUUCAAGUUCUGUGAAAGUUAGUUCUAAUACUGAAUAUACAUGUUUCCGUAUUGAUGAAAAUUCCCCCACUACUGAAGAAAAUGUGGAUGUUGUUCAGUUGGGUUGUUCUACUCAUGGUACUUCAACAAAUAUUGAAGUAUCAACAAAUAGCAAACCAUUGUCUGAUGUGACUUCAUUGUAUAAAAAUGACACUUGUUUUCUUUCCAACUUGAAGGAAUUUGUGGUGAGAGAUAGUCUGGAAUCUGUAAACUCGGAUAUAGCAUCCAGUCUUGGAUUUGAAUAUGCUGGAAGAGAGUCUAACAUGGCAAAUAAAGAGAAUCCUCUGUACUCAAAUGCGAUAAAAGAACUUCAGAAAUCUACCAGAACAGUGAGUAAAAUGUCCAGUCUUGGAUUUGAAUAUGCUGGAAGAGAGUCUAACAUGGCAAAUAAAGAGAAUCCUCUGUACUCAAAUGCCAUAAAAGAACUUCAGAAAUCUACCAGAACAGUGCGUAAAAUGUCUAAAAGGCCAAGGGUAUCUUGUAGAUCAAGUGAUAGAAUUAAGAACUGCCAAAACAUAAGAAAAGGGUGCAAACCAUCCAACAUUCUAUCCAGCAUAUCUUCAUUAAUUCCUCUAAUUCAGCAAAAGAAGCAACAAGCUCUUCCCUUACAAAGGAAGAAAGACAUAAAAGUUAAGGCCCUGGAAGCUGCUGAAGCUGCCAAGCGACUUGAAGAUCAGAUGAAAAUAGAACGCGAGAAAAGAAAAGAAGCGGUGAAACUUGAGCGGGAAAAAUUGAAGCAAGAAAAUGCCAAACUAUUGAAACUCAAACAAAAUAAAAAAGAUGAAGAGAGGAGGAAGAAGGAAGAUGUUGCAGCAAAGAAGAGACAAAGGGAGGCUGAAGAGAGAAAAGUUAAGGAUAGAAAAAGGCAAUGCAUUGAAGAAACAAGGACACUGCAGAGAGAAGGCAGAGACAAAUUGCAUUGUGAGAAAGCUGAGAAAGAUAUUCAACAGAAAGCCAUGGAUGAGAAACAAAAAGGGGGAAAACAAGGAAAGAAUGGUGGCCAAAAGAAAUUGGAAAGAGGAGUUAAUGCUACUGAAAGUCAAAUGGCGGAAGAAAUGCAGUAUUGCACCGUCCAACUUGCAAAUACUGAAACCAUUCUGGGUGGUGAUAAGAGUCAAGCUCUAGAGGCCUCUGGUGAACACAAAUCAUUUGAAAAGGGAGUUGGCCGCUCAAAUGUUUUACGAGAAAUAAUAGAAGAAACUGUCUCUGCUACACAAACAUCUCUGGAAUUGCAGUCAUAUGAGAUGUCUCCAUACCAAACCUCUGAUGACGAAGACAUGGAAGAAGAUAGCAGGCAAAAAAAGUACAUUCCGCUAUGGGCAAGAGGAGAGAGGUUAGGUGAAAUCAUUCUCACCAACCUGCAAUUAGAUCCAAAGGAUAUCUUUAGCCGCAAACGGUCAUUCAAUGUUUCUCAAGUCUUAACUUCAGGUGUUCUUUGUCGGCUGCCAUUGAAGUGAUCUGCAAUUCUUGACACAAAUAUUCAAAUUGGUAUUUUCAGACACCAUUUUGAGGGUGUCUGGGACCAUGUAAGUUGGGUUGCUUCGCUUAUUUUUAUCAAUCUUCUUCCAGAUUCUUUCGAAUGGCUAAACUCCUUGCAUGAGCCAUUUCCAAAGUUCUUAAGAGGAUCCAUUACACUUUUUUGACUUUGGAAGAAGUAUUUCUAUUGUAUUUUUUAGAAACCAGUAUGGAAUGAUUCCCCGGAUACUAGUCCAAAUGUACCCUUGCCUGCAUAUUUGCUUGUAGCAUGGCAUCAUUGUUAUGAAACAGAUAAUGGUAGGUCUCUUAUGUGCAAGUACUCAGUUCUGUAUAUAUAUAUUUACUUAUUUCAUCAGUAGAAAAAAUGGA